AUGACCAACAUCUCGAUUUCGUCAGCACUUCAGCCCGUCUUCCGAAUGAGCUUUUCCGAGGCCGCUUUGAUUCUCUUCCUGGGAGUCUUCUUUCUGUUCGUAGCCCUCUUUCGGCUACUACGACCAGUCGAUCGAAGGCCUCCGCCAACAGGCAAGAAAUGGAGACUUCCACCUGGUCCCCGUGGCUAUCCACUGAUUGGGAAUUUGUUGCUGUAUGGACAAGGGGAAGCAGCUGGACACCAGAUCGCCAGAUAUGGAGAGAUGACGACCACUCACCUUGGCUCGAAGCUGUGGGUGGUCUUGAACAGCAAUCGACUGGUCUCAGAGCUGUAUGGUCGUAAGGGCAGCGUCACGAAUGGGAGACCACGAUACCCGAUGGUGAAUGAGCUGAUCAGUCAGGGACGAAGAUCCGUACUGCUUCCAGCGGACGGAUGGACUGAGCGCCGACGGGUGAUGCACCAACUGCUCAGUGGAUCAGCUCUCAACAAGUACCAGGAGUAUCAGAAUACCGAGAGCAUCACACUGCUUGCAUCGUAUUCAGAAAGACCAAAAGAUUGGUUCCUCCACAACCGGACAUACUCAAACUCGGUUAUUCACCGCAUUACAUUCGGAGAGCGGCCUGGAGCAGGAGCAGAUGUCGACAAAGUGGCCGAAGCACAAUUCUACUUCCUGAUGAACGCCCCACCUUACAAUUUCUGGGAUUGUUUCCCUGACUUAGCGAAGCUGCCACUGGCCCUGCAAUGGUGGCGUGGAAAGUACGAUCAGAUGGGAAAAGCAACCCACGAGGCAUACAGUGCGUACUGGAAGCCUCUCAAGGAGAACAUCGAGCUUGGGAAGGCGCCACAAUCGUUUGCCAGAGAUUUGGUUUUCAACGAAGGCAAAUUCUCUGGAGGCGAAGAUGACAAGAUGUUCCUUGCUAUGCAGCUGGUUGAAGCAGGCAGCGACACAACCAGAUUGACAACGAACAUUUUCAUACUCGCUGCCGUCACAAAUCCGGAUAAGUUCCUGAAGGCAAGGCAGCAGCUCGAUGAAGUCUGUGGGAGCCAUGCCGAGCGCCUUCCUGAGUUCUCGGACGAGAAGAACUUACCAUACAUCAACGCUUUCGCCAAAGAAAUGCUGCGCUGGCGUCGUAUCUUUGACUGGACACCGGAGCACAUGCUCACUGAAGACUUGGAAUUUGAAGGGUACUUCUUCCCGAAGGGCACGAAUUUCGUUAUCAAUCAUGCCGCCAUCGCCAACGAUCCUGCUUCGUACGAAGACCCGAAGGAGUUCCAACCCGAGAGAUGGCUAGAUGGGCGGGAAGCGGAGAUCUGGGAGGGCAGCUGGCAGUUUGGACAUGGGCGACGACUGUGUGUAGGAUAUCGACUGGCACAAAAAAGUAUUUUCAUCAAUCUUGCGCGGUUGAUCUACUGUUUCGAUUUCAAAGCGAGGGAGCCUUUUGACGACCGCAACAUCAAUCACUUCACGUCGAAUGAGCCUUUCCCCAUCGAGGUCACUCUUAGGGGUGAGAAGUUCGGGAGCUUAAUCCAGAGGGCAGCUCAGCAGCAGCCAGGGGAGGAGUAA